ACCGGUUUGCAUUUGCUGUAAUCGAAAACAAAAACAAAUUAAAAACGACGCCUACCCAACAGGUUAUCAGCGCUAAUGUGAGCUCCAAAAUGCUAAACUCAAUGCAGAGCUACGGCAGUUAGUAGAAAACAAUUCGCGAAGCAGCAGUUCAAUUCAUUUUGCAACGGCAACGGCACUCGAACAAAAUACGCUUACACACACAACAAAGAAAGGAAGAAGGAAAUAACAUAUAUGCCAAGAUGCUGCGCUUGCUAAUCCUCGCUAUAACCUGCUUCGCCGCUACAGCGCGCGCCAACAUUCCACCCUACGAGGUGCCAAAGGCAAAAAUCGAUGUCUUCUGGCCCAAAGGAUUUGAGGUGUCUAUACCGCAUGAGGAGGGCAUGACACUCUUCGCAUUUCACGGCAAGCUAAAUGAGGAAAUGGACGGCUUAGAGGCCGGCACUUGGGCCAGAGAUAUUUUGAAGCCGAAAGAUGGCCGUUGGAUUUUUCGCGAUCGCAACACAAAACUGAAAUUCGGUGAUACACUUUACUAUUGGACCUAUGUGAUCUACAAUGGUUUGGGUUAUCGUGAAGAUGAUGGCGUGUUUGUGGUGAACGAAUAUACAAACCGGCCUGGUGAAAUCACCACUCCCACUCCACCACCACCAUCAGGAGGCGGCAACGGUGACAACAAAGGUCACGGCGGCGCUGGCGAAAUUGAUGUGCGCAUCGAUGAAAGCUGCAAAUCGACAGCAACUACCAAAAAUGGCGUGCCACAACGUUGCGCCAAUCAAUUGCUCUUCGAUGAUGACUUUACAGGCUCGCGUUUGGACAAGCACCAUUGGACUGUGGAAGAACGCUUCUCCCGAGCGCCCGACCAUGAAUUUGUCCUGUAUUUAGACAAUGUGCCCGAUGUGUUAAAAGUGCAAAAUGGCAUGGUUACUAUACGCCCGAAAAUGACUAAGCAGCACUUCCAACAGUAUAAGAACCCGUUGCGUGCCAAACACGAUCUGGGCGCACGUUGUACAGGGCGCGCCAACACGGAUGAUUGCGUACGCGAUGGCGGUGCACAACACAUCCUCAACAUACCGCCCUUCAUUUCGGCGCAAUUCUCCACAAAGCAGCACUUCACUUUCAAAUAUGGCCGCGUCGAAAUACGCGCUAAGCUGCCGCGCGCUAACUGGGUCUUCCCGCAGUUAUGGUUGGAGCCGAAAGACGCAAAAUAUGGCGUCGACAACUAUCAAUCCGGCCAAAUGCGCAUCGCAUUCACCUGCAUCAAUAAUACACAAAUGCAUCUAUACGGUGGUCUAAUUUUAAAUGCGAAUAGUCCUUGGCGUAGGGCGAAAAUGUGUGAAUUUAACAAUGAAGAUGCGCUUGAUCUGGGCAAUGAAUUUCACACUUACAGCUUGACUUGGAAAGAAAACGAAAUUUCCGUAUCGGUGGACGGUAAGCAAUAUUGUCGGUGGUUUACUUCAAGCAACACAGAAGAAGCUUUAACAAAUUUGAAGGCGGAAGACGGGCAGGAGCUACCAAAGCUACCGAACAGCGAAUUACUCAAGUCGGGCACGAAGCUGGCGCCUUUCGAUCAGGAAUUCUACAUUACACUGGGCUAUGGCAUUGCUGGCGUGAAUGACUUUGAGGAUAGCUUGUAUGGAUGGCAGCCAGAGAAGCCUUGGGUAAAUACAGAGCCGCGUGGAAUGAGCUUGCUGCAUAAAAAGGUGAAGAAUGAUUUUGACGGCUGGCUGCAGAAUGGCGAUCUGCGUAUCGAUUAUAUUAGGGUCUAUUCGAUUUAGAAUUGUAUGUGCAAAUCUUUAGUAUAGCAAUAUAGCAGUUUAUACAUAUUUUUAGUGUGGGUUUUCUAUAAUUAAUAAAUAAAUUACAUUUUCGCAUUUUACAAAU